CUCUCUCUCUCUGAGCUUCACUUCACUUCACACCUACCACCUUGUAGAUUGUAGACCCUCUUUCAUCUCCAUCACCUUCUCUCUGUCUGAAACAAAUUAACAACAGACAUUCUUUCAUUCCUUCAAAACCCAGCCUCACUCUGCAUUUUCAGCUCCAAGAACCAGUCAGUGUCUCUAAACUUUCAAACUUUUUGCUUCUUCAGAUUGAAACAGAGUAAAAAGACUGUUGCUUUUUCCAGUUCCAAUGGCAGCUCUCACUGUCACUCUGAUCAGCUUCUUCCUCCUCCGCCUGACCACCACCACCACUUGUCACCGCCACCUCCUCCACCAGCCUUUCUUCCCAGUCGAAUCAAACCCACCAACCGCGUCACCAUCUUCCUCUCCUCACCCCUCCCCACUUCCCAAAAUGCCCUUCUCCUCCGCCACCUCCUCCUCCCAAACACCGCCUGACGAUGACAAGCCCUUCUUCCCCUCCUUGAAACCCACACCGCCGCCUCCCUCCCCAACUGCCCUCACCUCCUUUCCCGCCAACAUUUCCUCCAUCCUCUUCCCCCAACCCUCCUCCACCUCCCCCCACCGCCACGUCAUCGCCAUCGUCGCCACCGUCUCCGUCGCCGCCGUCCUCAUCAUCGCCUCCGCCGCUGCAUUUCUUCUCUACCGCCGCCGACGCAAGCUCGACCCGAACUACUCCUCCGACAAGGCCUCAAGAACCGACAGCCUCCGCCUGUUCCCGCCAAACACCGUCACCUCCGACGGAGCUCACAAGCACCGCGCCACCCCCAACAGAACCACCGAGAACUUCCUCUACCUCGGCACAUUAUCCAACGCUCAAGUCACCGACGACCAAAGCGUCGCCACCACCAGCAAUGCCAGCUCCAAGUUCGGGGUUUCUUCUAGCCGGUCCGGCUCGCCGUAUCAGCAAAUGGGCUCGCCGGAGCUGACUCCGCUUCCGCCGCUACCCAAGCACAACUUCAGGCAGAGCUACAAGCACGAACUUGGUUGCGACGAUGAUGAAGGGGAAGAGGAGUUCUUUUCUCCGAGAGGGUCUUCUGCUAGUCCCAAAAACGUCGCCGGAGUAAGCUCAGGUAGAGUGUUCGAGGCUGUUGAAGGUGAGAACUUGGGAAGCAGAAGCUUCAAUUCAAGGACUGCUUCGUACCCAUGUUCAAAAUCUGCUUCUCCAGCAAGCUCCGUGUCUAACAUUGUCUCACCACAGCUUAAUAUAAGUCCCACAAGCUUGAAAUCGAACUCACCGGACUCGGUGAUCAACUUGAUGGCACCAUCGACUCAGCCUGCUCCGAUUCCGGUGGCAGUGUCUCGGUCAUUGUCUUCGUCGUCUACUAUUUCAGAGAGAGUUUCAGGGAAUGUUCAGAAUUCCCCCGACUUUUUGACGCAGAUGAAGCAGUCGCUGUUGAGAAAUAACAGUGCCCCUAAGCGGUUUGUUCCAAUAAGACUGCCUCCGCCGCCUCCUCCUCCGCCACCGCCACCGCCGAGGUUUUGGGAAGCUCCGCCGACUCCAGUGGUGAAUGCUGGCCAACCUUUUCAUGUCACGCCUUCCACGGCUGGUGAACCAUCAGAGAAGAAUGACGUUGAGGAAAAAAGUGAGGAAACUCCAAGGCCAAAGUUGAAGCCUUUACAUUGGGACAAAGUUAGGGCAAGCUCAGACCGCGCCAUGGUGUGGGAUCAGUUAAAAUCGAGCUCCUUUCAAUUGAAUGAGGAAAUGAUCGAGACACUUUUUGUGGUAAACAAUUCAAGUUUGGCACCCAAAGAAAAUGCUCGGCGACAGAUUUUGCCCUCUCUAAAUCAGGAGAACCGUGUGCUGGAUCCAAAGAAGUCUCAGAAUAUUGCAAUUUUGUUAAGGGCGCUCAAUGUUACCAUUGAUGAAGUCUGUGAAGCACUCUUGGAAGGUAAUACGGAUUCUCUCGGGACUGAGCUUCUUGAAAGUUUAAUAAAGAUGGCACCAACCAAAGACGAAGAGCGUAGGCUAAAAGAGUUCAAGGAUGAAUCACCUUUUAAGCUUGGGCCAGCGGAGAAAUUUCUGAAGGCAGUGCUUGACGUACCUUAUGCAUUUAAGAGGGUGGAUGCAAUGUUGUACAUUACCAAUUUUGAUUCAGAAGUAGACUAUCUUAGAAGGUCUUUUGAGACAUUGGAGGCAGCAUGUGAAGAAUUGAAGAGCAGCAGAAUGUUCUAUAAGCUUCUUGAAGCAGUGCUCAAAACUGGGAACCGCAUGAAUGUUGGCACCAAUCGUGGCGAUGCCCAUGCCUUCAAGCUUGACACACUCCUCAAGCUGGUAGAUGUGAAGGGCACUGAUGGAAAAACUACUCUGUUGCAUUUCGUUGUACAAGAGAUCAUCAGAGCUGAAGGUUCUCGGCUCUCAGGCAUGAAUGAGAAUGUAACAGCUGAGUGCAGUCAACAAUCUUCUUUCCGGGAUGAUGUUGAGUUUAGGAAGCUUGGCCUGCAAGUUGUUUCGGGAUUGAGUGGGGAGCUCAUCAAUGUAAAGAAAGCUGCUGGCAUGGAUUCAGAUGUGCUGAGCAAUGAAGUUGCAAAGAUUGCUGGUGGAGUUACAAAAAUAGAAGAAGUUGUAAAGCUAAUUGAAGGAAGUGCGUUGAGAGAGAGUAGCCAGAAGUUCUUUGGCUCCAUGAAUGAGUUCUUGAAUAAGGCAAGGGAAGGGAUUGUGAUGAUUCAAGCUCAAGAGAAACUUGCAUUCUGUAUGGUGAGGGAAAUAACAGAAUAUUUCCAUGGGAACUCAGCUAAAGAAGAAGCUCAUCCUUUCCGGAUUUUCACGGUGGUGAGGGAUUUCCUUUCAAUUCUAGAUCAAGCAUGUAAGGUGGUCGGCAAAGUUAAUGAAAGAACCAUAGUCGGGUCAGCACGUCAAUUUUCAAUUGCCAUGAAUCCAACCGUGACACCAGUGUUUCCUGGACCUAGUACCAAGCAGCAGCAUGGUUCCUCGGAUGAUGAAACCUUGGUUUGAUGGUAGUUUUCAGU